CUCUUCUUCUCACAACCAAGUACAACAAAAUCUAGAGGAGCCUUUCACUUGAGCCAAAUCUCUUCUCACUACGACUCCAAAUAAACUCGUCAACUUAUCCAAGAUGCCGAUGUACGGAGACCAGGGCAACAAAUUGGUGCAACACGCCAAACGCAUGCAGAACCUCGCCCACCUGCCACCAUACCAGACAGAGCUCGUCCGCGCCGUGACACGUGAGGUGCGAGAUUUGGACAAGGACGUGGCCAGCCUCCUCGAACCUUUUCAGGGGUCAUUUGACCCCUCUGCAGACCAGUCCACGGCUUGCACCCUACUGGUCAACCAUCUGUCUAUGCGGAGAAACAAGCGGUGCCUCCUUGCCUACCACCGCACCAGGACAGAUAAGCUGGAGGAGCUGGUAUGGAACGGGUCAGAUGUCCUGGACCUCGCUGGCCAGCAAGCGGGAGGUGGUGCCAAUGGCGCAACUGCCGCGGCCGAUGGUGGGGCGAGUAGCAGUCUGAGCCCACAAGAGGAGGACUACGUUCGACAAUACGGCGACCUCCUCGCGGCCUACAAGGGCCAGUGGACAGAUAUUGACCUAACUGGCAGCCUCGAGCCGCCCAGAGAUCUCUUCAUUGACGUGCGGGUGCUCAAAGAUGCGGGGGAGAUCCAGACCGAAUACGGGGCUAUCAAUCUCACCAAGAACAGCCAGUUCUAUGUUCGGCAAGGAGAUGUUGAGCGCCUGAUCGCCCAGGGCUACCUUCAGAAGCUUGGCUGAGGGGGCGUGGGCGAAGUGCAAAAGUAUCAUGUAAGAGUCCAACAUGAUCACGAUUUUGCAGGUCAAAACAGAUGCAGGGCCAAAUUGCCCAGUAUGCAACGGUCCUUCGGAAGUACUCCCAUCGCUAUUUUCCUCGCCAUGAUCACUGUCUGGGGAAGAAAGAUAGGACGGUCCCAAGCAGUGUUCACGAGGCCACGGUCUUUUACCACUCGAGACUCCCAUCGUCCCUCUUGUCCCACCAAAUCAUGACGAAAGUUCGCACCACCAUGACGGCAGAAGGUGGCCUUCCGGUUCCAGUCAGGGAAGCGGAAAUCAAUAUCACAGAGCCUCUGGCAGAGCUGAAAUCAUCAAACUCGGCAUGAGGGUCAGAACACCUCCUGCAUGAACAGGGCUCAGCGGUCCAUCUGAAGGCCAAUGCCGCAGUCACAGCAUGCAUACGACGUUGGAGAAUUUUGGAGAAAUCAACCAGGUCAUUAACCCAGGCGCCGCAACCCGCAACGGCUCCCACGGUGUGCGCCUGCAGGAAGUUAACGCCUCAGCUCACAUGGCGAGUUCAAUUUUUUUUCCGUCCGUCGUCGUCGAGGGGCGAUGGACCACAGUGGCAAUACUGUGCCGUGCCAAGGCAUAUGUGGGUUAGGAAAAGCCAUCAGAGACUAGAGAAUUUGAGCUUCAAACAGCUCGACAACAUCACAAGACCGAUCGUCGAUUGAAAUACAGAACUAUAAACAUCUCCACAAGA